CUCUUUUUCACGCCAUUUCGGAUAACAAGGUUUCAUUUUUAUAUUUUUCAUUUUUUUCCUUAAAUUUAAUCGUUUUUGAAGUGAAUUUUGUCAAGAUGUGUAAUUGAAAUAAUCAUCUAGCGACAUACAUGUUUUUGUAUAAUAUAAACUUACUGAUUCUUAAGAUAUUGAAGGAUUUUAAGUUGGUGAGCGAUAAUAACUAAAAGUAACGCUUGCAGAUGACCGAAGAAACACCGGCAACAGAAAUCUCGGUUUUCCGAUCAACCAGAAAGGCUGGCAGACUAUACAGUAAAGCUGUCUUUACUGGAUACAAACGUGGUCUACGUAACCAACAUGAAAGCACGGCUCUCUUGCGUAUCGACGGCGUCAACACACGCAGAGAAACUGAAUUCUAUUUGGGCAAAAGAUGCUGCUAUGUCUACAAGGCAAGAAACAAGACUGCCUGCCCAGGCCACUCUGAAGCGUCGAGAAUCCGUGUUAUUUGGGGAAAGGUGACCAGACCACAUGGAAACAGCGGCGGUGUUCGUGCUAAGUUCAGGAGGAACUUGCCGCCAAGGGCGAUGGGUAAAAGAAUCAGAAUCAUGCUCUACCCAUCUAGAAUUUAA